UCCGUUAACGGCGGCGCCGCGCGGGGCGGCGGCGUUGGGGUGAGUGAGGGGGCCUGGGUCGAAAACUCCCCAACUCCGGCCUUGGCACUUCUUCUCCAGAUCUGCUCUGGUUGUGAGGACGCGGCGCUGCCCCGAGCCCAUGUAUCGGCAAAAUUCUGCUUUACAGGAAAAGAAGGGAAGCUAAUCAGGCGAAGCCGGGCUCAAGUAACAGAAAAAGCAUUAAGGGAGCUAUUUUUGUGCGGUGCUUUUUUAAAGCUAGAAGACCUUCAACUUAAUCUAACAAUAAGAACUGUAGUGGUGCAGGCAGAGGACUCGUGGGGACAGUGUGACAGCAAAGAUGGCUAGAUCAGAAUCCCGCUAUUCCUUUGACGUCCCAAACACCUGCAUCAACUUUGCAACUCUGAGUGAGGAUGAUGCUGAUGUACACAACACAGACUCCUGGUUUGACCAAAAAGCCAAUAUGGAGAAUAUCCCUCCUGCAGAAAAUGUGGCAAAGGUCUCACAGAGCAGCCCUGCUUAUACAAAACCUGAUGUUCUCUCUGUCUUCACAUCACAAGGAGUAGCAAAGAGUGAAAGCGAUGGUGAAGCAGAGGGUGCACAGACCCACGCGGUCUCUCAGAACAUCGUUGGGUCCUUGACGACCUGGAGAGCUGCUGCCCCUGCAGAGGCCCCUCAAAGAACGAGCAAGAGACCAGCUGCAAAGCCAAGAAAAACCCACCAGCGCAAGCAGCCAGGGAGAAUCAAAGCAGAGAGAAUUGCUAAUGCCCUGGAUAAUAAGGAAGAGGUUCCACCUCUGAAGAAAAUGAGAAUCCUUAGAUACCAGGGAAAACUGGACAGUCUGCCUGGGCCUAUGGUGAGUUCUGGCAGCAGAAAGGAGACAGAAGAAUCCACAAAGGCAGAGCCCUCACAGGAUCCUGACCUGUCCCCAGAGAGAGAGAAAAGCAAACCACCCAUGCCCUCCACGCCAACAAUGUUGAAGAGGACCAAACCUUCUAGCAAGCUGAAGAGUACAGAGGAGCAGGAACUUGAAAAGAUGCAGCAGUUGCAGCAGGAGGUUAUGGAGCUGCGGAAGAAGAACGAGGAGUCUCUGAAAGCAGCUAUUGCUGGAGCAGGACAACCCAUGAAGAGACCCGUUGGACAAGUAACAAAGCCAAUUGAUUUCCACUUCUGCACAGACAAUAGGAUUAAACAGAAUGUGGGAAGCCAGCCUGAGAAUGAGUACAAGGAGCUGGAUUUUGCAGCAGUACUCAGGAAGCAUCCCCCUUCUCCGAUGCGAGUGCCAAAGGGACCCACUGUCCCCAAACCUUUCAACCUGUCCCAGGGAAACAAAAGAAAACUUGAAACCACAUCAGAAUACGUGUCCUUUGCUGAGCAGGUAGAAGCAUUCCAAAAACGCACACCCUCUCGUUACCAUUUGAGGAGCAGGAAACCUGAGGAAGAAGGCCAAGUUUCAGGAAAGUCUGUGAAGCCUCAUCACACCUGUGCCAAAACACCAGUGCUCCGAACAAAGCAGCGCUCGAGACCUGUCACCUGCAAAACUGCAGCAGAGUUAGAAGCAGAGGAAGUAGAGAGAAUUCAACAGUACAAAUUCAAAGCGCGAGAACUCAAUUACAAAAUCUUCGAGGGUGGGCCACUCCUGCCCAAGAAACCCCGUGUGAGGAACGUCACACAACCCAUCGGCUUCGAGUUGGAAACAGAAAAAAGGAUUCAGGAGCGUGAGAGUAAGAAGCGGCAGGAGGAAGAGCGCUUCGAAUUCCAUUCCAGGCCGUGUCCCACAAAAAUCCUGGAGGAUGUUGUGGGUGUUCCGGAGAAGAAAGAACUUCCUUGUACGGUCCCCAAGUCUCCAGCCUUCGCCUUGAAAAGCAGAACCCGCGUGUCUGGCAGAGAGGAAGAAAAGGAAAAGGAGGUGGUGCCUGUGAUCAAAGCUAACCCUAUGCCACAUUACGGAGUGCCCUUCAAACCCAAAAUGCCAGAGCAGAGGCACGUGGAAGUUUGCCCCUUCUCUUUUGAUGCCCGGGACAAAGAACGGCAAAUGCAAAAAGAGAAAAAAAUAGAAGAAUUUCAGAAGGAAGAGGUGCCGAAGUUCAAAGCACAGCCUCUGCCUUACUUUGACCAAGUUAAACUGCCAGAAAAGAAGGUCAAAGCCCCAACCCAGCCUGAACCAUUCCAUCUGCAGGUGGAUGAACGGGGAGCUGCCAAGCUCGAGAACUGGAAACAUCAGCUCGAAGAAGACUUGAAAAAGCAGAAAGAGGCAGCAUGUUUUAAAGCUCGUCCCAACACAGUGGUGUACCAGGAGCCUUUCGUGCCCAAAAAGGAACACAAACUACUAUCAGAGAGCCUUUCUGGUUCUGUAGUUCCUGAAAGCUUUGAGCUGGCAACGGAAAGAAGAGCAAAAGAACGGCAAGAAUUUGAAAAGCGAUUGGCAGACGCAGAAGCUGUAAGGGAGAGGUAUCAGGAGCAGAUCAGGCAGGAACAAGAGGAGCGUGAAAAGGAAGAAGUUGCUAAGCUAAGGCAAGAAAUGGUUCACAAGGCAAACCCAAUACGCAAAUACCGUGGCAUAGAAGUGAAGCCCAGUGAUCAGUUACUGACUUGGCCAAAGUCUCCCAACUUCUCAGAUAGAUUCCGGUGCUGAUGAGCACCCACAUGAUAUUAGGAGGGAGAUCCCAUCCCUCUCUACUCCCUUGGUAGAAGAGAGGGAACAGUUGUUUUUCCGUGACUCUGCCUGACCUCCUACCCUUGGUUCCUUUGUACUGAAUAGUUUAACUCCACUUGAGCCCGUGGCAUCCCACCUAACUAAAUAAAGUUUCCUAAUAUGAUUGCUGUCUCUGGCUAGUGGGCUGAGGCCCUUUCUUGCAGAAGAGUUUUUGAUAAAGGCUGACUGUACAGAUGUGUGCAUCUGGCAGAGCUGCCUUGUCUUUGUACACUAAGUGUUGUUUUCAAGUUUCUGAUUUUUAGCUUUUUAAUCUGUAUUAAGCUUGAAUUGUGUUUAAAUAAUGUGAGGCUCCUGCAAGCCAGCGCAGUGUGGGUCAGACCUUUCUCAUGAUGUUUAGAUGAACAAUAUAAAUCUUGCUCAUGCUUUAAAGUAAUUCUCUGUGUACAUUAGAGCAUUAAAACUUCUUGCUUUUUUAUAGCUGAAGCCCUUCUAUUUGGGGAACCAUUUAACUGACAAAUGACUUGCUGUGAGCUGCUGCCCCAGCUCCUGCCAGUGCAGGUCUCUUGGCUACAGAGACAUGAGUGUCUCUGGCCAGUCUGGGCAGCAAGCAGAGUUAAAUACAGCCCAAGUGCUCAAAUGUGCCGGAGAACAAAACUGCCAGCAUUGUGAAGUCACAUUUAGAUUAAAAAUUUAAUAAUUAUUUCUUACCUUGGUAUUGUGCUCUGAUUUCUUACCUGAUUUUUUGUAUCUUGCUGGUAUACACGUGAGCAGGACUGCCUGCUGCUGUUGUGCUGUUCAGAACAGAG